AUGGACGACCCAGUGGCUGCAGCCGUGGACUCAGCGCUUUGUCAAGGGCGCGUGGUGAGAGUCCCGACAGGAACCCUGGUCCGGGUGGUGGACACGGAGCUGGUCAUCCCUUGCAAUGUCAGCGACUAUGAUGGCCCCAGCGAGCAGAACUUUGACUGGACCUUCUCGUCCUCUGGGAAUGUCUUUGUGGAGUUGGCGAGCACCUGGGAGGUGGGCUUCUCAGCCCAGCUUUACCGGGAGCGGCUGCAGAGGGGGGAGAUCCUGUUGAGAAGGACGGCCAAUGACGCCGUGGAGCUCCACAUGAGGAACGUCCAGCCCUCAGACCAAGGCUACUACAAGUGUUCGACCCCCAGCACAGAUGCCACCGUCCAGGGCAACUAUGAGGACACGGUGCAGGUUAAAGUGCUAGCCGACGCGCUGCACGUGAGCUCCAGCCCGCAGCCCUCCCCGGCCCUGAGCCUGCGGGAGGCCGAGCCCUUCGAGCUGCGCUGCGCCGCCUCCAGCACCUCGCAGCUGCACACGCACCUGUCGGUGCUGUGGGAGGUGCACCGCGGCGCCGCCCGGCGCAGCAUCCUGGCGCUGACCCACGAGAGCAGGCUCCGCCCCGGGCCCGGCUACGAGCAGCGCUACCACAGCGGGGACGUGCGCCUGGACACCGUGGGCAGCGACGUGUACCGCCUCUCCGUCUCCCGGGCGGUGUCGGCGGACCAGGGCCUCUACAGGUGCGUCGUCAGCGAGUGGAUCGGAGAGCAGGGCGCCUGGCAGGAAAUUCAAGAAAAAGGGGUGGAUGUCGCCACCGUGGUGAUCCAGCCAACAGUGCUGAGGACAGUCGUGGCCAGGAACGUGUCUGCGCCUGAGGGAAAGGAACUGGACCUGUCCUGCAACAUCACGACGGACCGGACGGACGACAUCCGGCCGGAGGUGACGUGGUACUUCAGCAGGACGCCGGACAGCACUCUGCCCGGCCUGCACGUGCUGGCCCGCAUGGACCGGGACUCCUUGGUGCACGGCUCUCCCCACAUUGCCCUGAGCCACACGGACGCACGCUCCUACCACUUACUGCUCCGAGAUGUCAGCAAGGAGAACGCCGGCUACUAUUUCUGCCACGUGGCACUCUGGGCACCCAGGCACAACAGGAGCUGGCAUAAGGUGGCCGAGGCCAUGUCUGCCCCCACUGGUGUGGAUGUGACCUGGCUAGAGCCAGACUACCAGGUGUAUUUGAAUGCCUCCAAGCUCCCCGAGUUUUCAGACGACCCCACGGAGCUGGAGUGUCACGUAGUGGCCGCGAAGCGCCCCGAGGCGAACAUCCGCUUCACGGUGUCGUGGUACUACAAGAGGAGCCGGCGCAGCGACGACGAGGUCACCAGUGAGCUGCUCGCGGUCAUGAACGGGGACUGGACGCUGCGGUACGGAGAGAGGAGCAAGCAGCGUGCUGAGGAUGGAGAGCUCAUUUUCUCAAAGGCGCCUGUGGACACGUUCCGUUUCCGAAUCCAAAGGACCACAGAGGAAGACAGGGGCAACUAUUACUGCGUGGUGUCGGCCUGGAGCAAGCAGCGCAAUGACAGCUGGGUCAAAAGCAAGGACGUUCUCUCCAAGCCCGUCACCGUGUUCUGGGCCUCCGAAGACUCUGUGCUGGUGGUGAAGGCGAGGCAGCCCAAGCCAUUCUUCGCGGCAGGAAGUACAUUUGAGAUGACUUGCAAAGUGUCUUCCAAGAAUAUUAAGUCGCCACGCUACUCUGUUCUCAUCACGGCCGAGAAGCCCGUGGGGGACCUCUUGAGCCCCAACGAGACCAAGCACAUCAUCUCCCUGGACCAGGAGGCCGUGGUGAAGCUGGAGAAUUGGACAGACGCAUCACGGGCAGAUGGCGUGGUGCUGGAGAAAGUGCAGGAGGAUGAGUUUCGCUACAGAAUGUACCAGACUCAGGUCUCGGAUGCAGGGCUGUACCGCUGCUUGGUGACGGCCUGGUCUCCUGGUCCUGUAUUCAACGUCUCUGUGCAUUCGGCCACACCAUCGGUCAUCCGGGGAGAUCGGAUCAAAUUGUUCUGCAUCAUCACCCUCGAAGGAGCGGCACUGGAUCCAGAUGACAUGGCCUUUGAUGUGUCCUGGUUCGCGGUGCACUCCUUCGGCCUGGACAAGGCCCCCGUCUUCCUGGCUUCCCUGGACCGGAAGGGCAUUGUGAACACCGCCCAGCAGGAUUGGAAGAGUGACCUCAGCCUGGAGCGGGUGGGUGUGCUGGAAUUCUUGCUGCAAGUGCACGGCUCCGAGGAGCAGGACUUUGGCAACUACUACUGCUCCGUGACUCCCUGGGUGAGGUCGUCAACAGGUUCCUGGCAGAAGGAGGCAGAGCUCCAUUCCAAGCCCGUCUUUAUAACUGUGAAGAUGGACGUGUUGAACGCCUUCAAGUACCCCCUGCUGAUCGGCGUGGGCCUGUCCACCAUCAUCGGCCUCCUGUCCUGCCUCAUCGGCUACUGCAGCUCGCACUGGUGCUGUAAGAAGGAGGUCCGGGAGACGAGACGGGAGCGGCGGCGCCUCAUGUCCAUGGAGAUGGACUAGGCGGCCGCAGACAGGAGCGGCCGAGGGGCGGGCAGGCGGGCAUCCUCGGACCCUCGGGCAGAAGAGGGCAGCGACGUUGUGAAGCGCAGUGCCGUGACCUUGACAUUCAGAACCCGUCCUCUCGAAUCUCAGGUGGGGCUCGGCGCUCCCUCUCCUCUGCAUGGCAAGUCCGGAGCGGACAUGUUUACCAGCACACAGCUCCUCCCCCCACGGCACUUUCGUAGAUCACAAUCGAGAGAGAGAGAGAGAGAGAGAGUGUGUGUGUGUGUGUGUGUGUUCCAGCUGCGGCUUUUUAAUGGUUAACCUUCAUCUAAUUCUCCCCUCCUCCUGGUUUAUAGAUCCUCUGACUUCUGCGUGUGUCUACCUUUGUGUCGUGAGGAGUGGCGGUGAGGAAGGGGGUGAUGGCCGCCCGAAGGCUGUCGGGAGUGAGGCUGGGGGUGACCCGGAAGCUGCUGGGUGCGUCCCUCACCUCCUCGGGGUGGGCGGAGAGACCACCCAGCCCCGUGUUGAAAGCUGGCUUGGGGCUUGGACUACCCGGCCCGCCCCUAUUUUCAGGGGUCGAGAUGGUAUUUUAAACCGAAACGCGUGGUCUGUAACGUCUUAUUGAGCCCACAUGCAUUGACCCUGCGCCUCUGACCCCUUCCCGCCCUGUGGUAUUUUGUGUUAGGUGAGAAUUGCUGAACUGGCACCCCGGGAUCUAGACUCUGGCUCUCCACCGAGCACCUUAUCUUGCCACCUUAGCCUUAAGAAUGAAUUCGAAGAAUGCACAGCCAGCUCUGUCCAGGGCAGGGAGGACGAGGUUGGGGACGAGGAAAGGAGCCGGGAUUCAUUCCGAUAGUUCGGAGCCUCCUGUGCCUCAGGGGACCCCAGGAGUCCCUGGAGAGGCCUCGGUAGAAGUGAGAUGUCCUUGGGGGCGCUGGGAGAGGGGGCAGUGGUAAUGGGGGCAUGUCAGACCGAGAAGCCACCUCCUUCCACCUCUCCUGGGAGGCAAAGACAUAGCGCCCCGAGACUCCCAGGAGCACCCCGCGUCCUUCCUGCGCUGCGGGGUCUCCUUAACAUGAAGAAAAAGUGCUGCUUGCAAGACUGACUGACUUCAAGGAAUCAGAAAUUGCACAGAAGAAGCAGGCAUCGUUUCCUAUGACCUUUUCCGUCCUUCAAGCCUUUUUAAAGAUGCCCCGCAGGGGGUUGGUGAGAAAGGGUGUAUUUUGUGGUAUGUUUGCUUUCCUAUUAGGAACAUGAAUGAAACCUAGCAAUUUAUGGUCGCAGCCUAUCCAGCCGACUUGAGAGUCACCCCUUCUUCCCGGCUGCGCCCUUUGGAAGUGGGGCGGUGGGCUGAGGAGCUCUCGGAGGGCCCGGCUGGCUCCGCUGUGAAGGCCCUGGAAGCCUGUGGUUCCCUGCCGAGAAUUGGCCUUUGGGGGAAAGCAUCAUCUUGAGGUUUGCUAAGACUGGCAGGUGACGCUCACCCUACAUUUCUGCCCUCUGUGCUUUGAUCCCGGCUGCAGAGGAUCUAACAGCACUGUCUUCCAAAAAGGAAGGAGGUUUGUUUGUUUUGAGCAAUAAAGUAAUGUAAAGUGAUGGCCAUUCCUAAGUGGCUCUUAGGCACAUUGGCCGGAUGAGCCUGGCUCCUCCUGCCUUGCCCUAUGCUCUGCUCCCUUGGCUGCCGCCCAGGUCAGUUCUGCACUGAGCACCCUGCACCUCCCCAGGCAGAUUGCCACCUAAUUCCCUCUCUCGGUGUCGCCCACCGUGGCAACCGCCCAGGUGGUGGACCUUAGAGCAUCUGUUGACAGCAGAAGCCCUGGCCCAGCAUCUAAUGCAGGGGAGAUGGGCAGCGGUGAGCCUCAGCAGAGGAUGAAAGAGGAGGAGGAGGAGGAGGAGGUCCGAGUGGCAGUGGAUCUUGAUAUUUUCCACAUGUCAUUUCCCAACUAUGCUAUUUCAAGAGGAGGCGGGUUGCAGACGAUUGCACAAAUGAUAGUUAAAGUGUGAACACAUAUAAACAGGCACUGUCUUCCUUAACAGCCAGUGCAUCCUAUUGAAAGAAAGUUCGGGGCUGUUGGGGUAUGCCGGCCCUUCGUAGGAGGAGAAAGGGGUACUUGGCUUUGGAUGGGACCAGGUGGCUGCAGGGAAAACGAAGGACUGGGUAAUGCAGGGCAUUUGGUGGCAGUGUAUAUGCCAUGCCCACAGUGUCCUCUGCCUUUAAACCAGCGGUUCUCAACCUGUGGGUCACGACCCUUUCACAGGUGUCGCCCGAUUCAUAACAGUAGC